UUGGUGAUUAAAAUUACUUUAUUUUCGUUAUAAUAUUAUUAUAUUAAUAUUUGUAUUUUUAUAAUAUUUUGAAUACCAAGUAAUGUAAAUUAGCAAGAAAAGAGUUGUUAAUAUAUAAAUAACAAAUAAAUUCAAUUAGGCAACUAUUAUUGUUUUUUUUAAUAACUUUAAGAAUAAUUUUAAGUAUGCAUCCGGAUUUGUCACCUCAUUUGCACACUGAAGAAUGUAAUAACUUAACCAUGGAAUUUAAAAACUGUAAUAUAGAGCAUAAAGUUUUGAGAUUUGUUGGCAGAUGUGAUAAAAUCUAUGAUCGGAUGGUUCACUGUUUCCACUUGGAGCGACAAGCCAAGCGCAUAAAAAAUAAUGAAGAAGCAAAACAACAUCAAGCUCUAGUGAGACAAAGGAUGUUAGCAGAAAUGAGAUCCGACAGAGAAAAAGGAAUUGUAAAUUGAGAUAUUUUACUAUUUGUUGUGUAUAGGUUUAGGUAUAAAUUAUUGAAAAAUAAAUUUAACAAAAUAUAA